CGUAUUUCACACAACUAAACUGUGUUUUGAGAGGUAGGGUAGUGUGAUCACAAGAAGACGGUUUUUGGUCGGAAAAACGCCGAGAAAUUCAACAUGCCUUUGGCAUAUUUAGCCGACCCUUGGCAGAAAAUGAAAGUUCACGAGGAGAUUGAGGUUGCAGACGAAGAAAUGACGGACGAAAAUAAAAACGGACCCAUCGAAGAGACGUCUUCACUAAUCGAUGUAUCUGAAGAAUUCGUAAAUUCGAAGGCCUGUCUGAAAGCCGACCCGUCGCAGUUCGAAUUGCUGAAAGUACUUGGGCAAGGCUCCUUUGGCAAGGUAUUUUUGGUGCGCAAGUUGACCGACUCUGAUGCCGGGAAUUUGUACGCCAUGAAAGUUCUCAAGAAAGCGACUCUGAAAGUUCGCGAUCGCUUGAGAACUAAAAAAGAAAGAGAUAUCCUGGUGGAUGUCCAACAUCCAUUCAUUGUAAAACUCCAUUAUGCUUUUCAAACUGAAGGCAAAGUCUACUUGAUCCUCGAUUUUCUUAGGGGAGGAGAUCUGUUCACAAGAUUGUCUAAAGAGAUAAUGUUCACAGAAGAAGAUGUCAAAUUUUACCUGGCUGAGCUGGCUUUAGCCCUGGAUCAUCUUCACAAAAUAGGAAUUAUUUAUAGAGAUCUCAAACCUGAGAAUAUCCUACUUGAUGCUGCUGGCCAUGUUACCCUAACAGACUUUGGUCUUUCAAAGGAAUCAGAAUAUGAUCAGAAGACAUAUUCAUUCUGUGGAACAGUAGAAUACAUGGCUCCUGAGGUGGUCAACAGAAGAGGUCACACUCAAGCGGCAGACUGGUGGUCUUAUGGUGUUCUCAUGUAUGAGAUGCUGACUGGGGCGCUGCCAUUUCAAGGCAAAGAUAGAAAGGAUACAAUGAAUAUGAUUUUAAAAGCCAAACUUGGUAUGCCUCAGUUCUUAUCACCAGAUGCACAAAGUUUAUUGAGAAUGCUUUUCAAAAGAAAUCCUUCAAAUAGAUUAGGUGUUGGUGAGAACGGAAUUGAAGACAUCAAAACUCAACCGUUCUUUUCGUCCAUUGACUGGGAGAAAUUAUUUAAAAAGGAAUUGAAGCCUCCUUUCAAGCCAGCUGCUGGUAGAGCGGAUGAUGCUUUCUAUUUUGAUCCUGAAUUCACUUCUAAAACACCGCAAGAUUCUCCAGCUGUUCCCCCAAGUGCGACUUGUCACCAACUUUUUAGAGGAUUUAGUUUUGUGGAUCCUGGACUUGUACAAGAAGAGUCAUCACAACUAACAUCUAAUGGAUCAGACAAAAUGGAGACAGAUCAUAAACCGGUCCAUAGUAUGUUCACCAUUAGAACAACGUCCAUUCUUGAAGAAUAUGAAAUUAAACAGGAAAUUGGCAGAGGAUCAUACUCAGUUUGUAGGAAAUGUGUUCACAAAGCAUCAGGAGGCGAGUAUGCAGUUAAGAUUGUAGAUAAGAGUAAAAGAGAUCCUACAGAAGAAAUUGAGAUUCUUUUACGAUAUGGAAGUUAUCAGAAUGUUAUUCAUCUCAGAGAUGUGUAUGAUGAUGGCAAAAACAUGUUUAUGGUGAUGGAGCUGAUGAGGGGAGGAGAACUUUUGGACAGAAUACUUAAACACAAGAGUCUAUCAGAGCGAGAGGCUGCACUGAUAAUGUUCACACUAGUCAGCACAUUCACUUUCCUCCAUGAGGAAGGGGUUGUCCACAGGGACUUGAAGCCAAGCAACAUAAUGUAUGCGGAUGACAGUGGAAGCCCUGAGUCUCUAAGAAUAGUUGAUUUUGGAUUUGCGAAACAAAUCAGAGCGACAAAUGGCUUGCUAAUGACGCCAUGUUACACGGCUAAUUUUGUGGCUCCUGAGGUGCUAAAGAAACAGGGUUAUGAUGCUGCUUGUGAUAUUUGGAGUCUGGGUGUGCUUCUUUACACCAUGCUUGCAGGACAAACGCCAUUUGCUGUCGGCCCUGAGGAUUCUGCCUCGGUUAUCUUGUCGAGAAUAGGCGAAGGAAAGUAUUCGCUUGUCGGAGGAGCUUGGGACAGCAUUUCGGACGUUGCUAAGGACUUGGUUCGACAGAUGCUUCAUGUUAAUCCAAGACUACGGCUAACAGCAAAACAGGUUCUUCAACACCCAUGGGUUGUGAGUCGCUACCAGCUUCCCGUGCACAGACUUCACCAGGUCAGCAGCGUGUCAAGAAUCAAGGAAGCAGUCAAGGCGACGUUUUCCGCUCUCUCCUCCCCCGACAACAAGCGCCUCAAACCAGUUCACGCUUCGCUGCUGGCACAGCGGAGAACGACGAAGAAGUCUCCUAAAUAAAAAGACUUGACGGCCGUCCUUUUGUAGUGGAACUUUUGUACGUAUUAAGGAACCUUUUUUCACAAGUUCUUGGACCAUCGAGAAAAAGUUAGCCCGCAAAACCACCGUCUUCUUUGCACAACAGUCACGUGAUAAACCAGUCGUGUGAAGUGUACAGGUGCAGCUUUGGAACACCGUAAGACCUUCCCGGAUGUUAUGACGUCAGAGUGCAGGAUAUGGUUAUCGCCGGCCCGCUUGAUGCGGAUAAAAUAAUUGUGUUGUUCUAAAGGGUGCCUUUUACGCGAUGUGGUUCAAGUUAGAAGCACAGACUGUUAAGCGUCCACAAGCUUUUAUAAAUAAAGCUUCUCCGGCAUGCGGGCAUUUCUUGAGUGGAGAAGAGGCAGUUUUGCAGGUUAAAAAUUAGUGAUACGAACCAUUAAAAGCUCUAGUGGUGUAUUAUUAUAAAUAUUUAUGGUUUCAUUCUUGAUAAACUCACAAAACAAAGGGGGUAAAAACAAAAAAAUCCAUUUAAAUUCAUUUUGUUUUGGCGUCAGAGAAUUGUACUUUAUCAAUGACUGCUGAAUGCAGAAUUAAUUUUAAAAAAUGUGUUACUUAUAUCGUGCGAGAAAUUAGGAAUUUUCCUAUAUGCGCUUUGUAACUAAUUAAUAGGACGUUAGCAAUAGUUUCAUACGCUAAAGGUUUAAAACCGGAUAGCAUAAUUCACUCGGAUAGAAAAGAGAAAAUACUUCUAACUGAACUAUUACCUACCCUAAAUAACUAGUUUGGUAGACAGUUUAGACGCUAGUGGACAAAUCACUAAAAUCAAGAUUUUGACAUUCAGUCGUUUUUGUUAAGCAUCAGUGAAUAUAUCGUACUGUGCGUGCGGCGAAUUCUAAUUUGUAAAAAGAAGAAAAAUUGCUUUUGCGAUCAAGAAAACCUUAUUUUGUUCAGUGGCAAUUCUAACGUGCCAAUUUGUUGAUGAAAAAAAAAUGAUUCAAACUUUUAUACUACAUAAAUCAUACCGGCUUAUUUUUCUAUAUUUCUGUACUGUUUUUCAGAAACUUUGUAUGUAUAAAGUUGGUCUUUUUUGAGUGGGGGUCGAUUUGCCGGUGUUUCCUAUUUUAGUUCGUGUCUUCCAACGAACAGAAUAGAAUUGAUUAGUAACGAAUGUGAUAAAUACGUUAAAUAUCAUUUUGUUAAUACAGUUCAGACAAAUUGUGAACGUG